GCCACAGUUGGGCACAGCCACUAGCCUCCCCCAACGCCCUCACAUUGUCCUUCUCACAAUUUGCAUCUCCCCAUGAUCUUCAUUCAUUUUCCCCCAUCAUCGAAUGGCACUCGUUCGCCAGCCUCAUCUUCUCCCGUCCCCGCCCCGUAUUCCUUGUUUCCGCUUCCUAAUAUCUCUCCUGCAUCCUUCAGCCUCAUGUAUCAAUUGGACAUUGGCGAUGUUUUCACACCGACAUCUUGGGUUUCAUCUGAAUUUCAGGUUUAUUUAAACCCUUUCGUCUGCCUCUUUUGUUUUAACCAUUUACACGAGAGACUGUUUGUAUGAGGGAUUAAAUCGUCCAAUUUGUUGCUCGAGUAUCAGGUCAGAAAUUGUCGCUAUACUCCUUUAUACAUGCAGUGUGUUUCGGAUUCAUACUGGGCUUGAAUAUGAGUAUUUCGUGCAGCAUACGAAGAUGUUGUGGUGAGGCACAUUAUCUUGGGAACACUUUGGGAUUGGGAUGCGAUUGACGGUGUACAAGGCAUAUCGAAAAACAGGCAGGAGAGCAUGAGAAUACGUGAGCCAGGGGGUGUUAGUGCUCUCUCUUUCACAUCUCGCGGUCCAGACCGGAUUAUCAGUCCUUGGAAUUUCUUCGACAUGGUUGAUAUCUGGGGUACCUUGUACCCUUGCCCCGAAGGAUUCCUUCUUUUAAUCUUCUAGAAAGAAGGCUUGCCUCUUAGCUCAUAACACAUUAUCACGGCAGAGAACAUAUUUACAUGUGAAUACUCGGUCAUGGAUCAAUACAGACUCAAUAUAGAUCUGAUUUCCCUUUUCGUCACCGAGUACAUCGUUCGCCUCGCAGAACAACUAUCAUGUAGAUACGAAACCACAACAAUCUUACCUCUGUGACCCCAUUCUCUCCUAGCGAUGUUUCUCUUGCUUUCCUUGUCUUCGUCGCCCGAUAUCAUAUAUACUAGAACCUCGUUCUAUAAAGUCUCCUGCGCAUCCCGUCCCACACUUUAAUCGCUGUAAUGUAAGACGCUUAUUCUUCUAUCCAAAUCCAUGACCCAUCAACAGAUCAACUCCGUUUUCAGAUAAUGAUACCCACCCAAUCCAUCCCCAUUCUAAAAUGCCCAACUCCUCCUCCCCUUCCAACAACUCCAGCAAUUUAUCGAACAAUCCUUCUAAACCCUUCAACGCCCCCGAUCAAAACAGCUGGGUAACAAUGACCGAAACAACAAUAUCCGAAGAAGGAGAUGUCGAAUGUACUUCCACGUCAAGAGAAAUAGAUCCUACUUCUUCACAAGCGAGCAAUGUCCCAACAGACCAUGUUACUUCUUCAUCCACAACGCCCAAGAGCGAAGCCUCACAUGAAGCCUCGCGCCACUCUAGCCCAGAAACAGGGAUUCCUCGCUCCUCACCGGGUGUUGUGGAAAAGCCCUUUCGUUUCUCUUCGAGAAAUGAAUGCGGAUAUGAUAUCGACUUGGAUGUGGAAAGCAAUCCAGAUGAUGUUGUUGAUGAUGUUGAUGAUGAUGAUGAAUAUCAUUACACAUACACCUACACAAACAAGCCACCACUAGCUCAUCCACCAUACUCCCCACCACCCUCGCAAUCCUCCCACACACCACGCACCCCGCACAUUCUCCACAGCCUCGAGCUCAUCGACCUUUUUCCCGAUCUGAGAAUUCGAGAUGAUCAUCUCACCAACUAUUUCCAAAACAUCGGGUUCUUCAAAGACGACGAUAUUAACAUACCCAGAGAGCCCAAAUCCCAACCCAAAUCCAAACUUCAUGAUAAUUCAAACUCAGGUCCAGACCCACAUCAUCCCCCCCUGAGCAAACAAUCAUCCUCAUCCUCAUCCUUCUCCUCCUCCUCCUCCUCCUCAUCAUCAUCAUCAUCACCAGACGAAAGCACCCACCACAAACCCCCACAGAACACCACUACCGCAAAUGGAGAAAACAAAACAACCGAUAUCUACACGAACACACAGACGCAUAGAGACCAGUCUUCCCAGCAGACCAACCCAUCCAUGUUUCAAAUCCCAGAUAUAGAAGAGAGGGAUUACGAGCAAGAUGCUGCUCGAGCUCACCUCGAUGCAUACCCCGAGAGUGAGUUUGAUACUUCGUCUGCAUCGUCGUCAUCGUCAUCCGAUGAAAAAGCAGACGGGUGUUAGGAUAUGUAGAAGUUUUGAUGGGAUGGAGAAUGGAGUGGAGUGGAGUGGAAUGGGAUGGUAUGGUGUGAUAGGGUUAUGAGAUUGUACGAUGUAUAACGAUUUGAUGUAUUUCCAACACGGUGGAUAAUUUGAUGAUUGAUGUGUGUAUGUAUGCAUAUCUCCACAACUACACACGUGGAAGAUAGAUGUAUAUUCGGUGGUCAAGACACGAUUUUACUCCCAAAACGAUGGGAAGAUCUGGCCGGGCAGUGGGGAGGGCAAAUUGCAAAAAUCCAUUGUGUAUCAGACGCUCUGAAAUAAGGACCAACAGGACAGGGUCGGCUCGGUGUUAUAAAUUUUGAUAGUUUACUUAUAUACCUAGGUAUUUUAGAAAAGUUCGUCGUAUUGAGAGAUUGAAAAUGAAAUGUAAUCACCA